UUCCAAGAGAGACGGAAGCCACCCCCAAUUCUUUCGCCGCCUUGCUGAACUGCCAUCUUUCAAUAGUUGGUGGUUCAAAGAUUGGUUGAAACUAUGUCCAACAUCUCACUCUCCCACACCUCGGUCUCUCUAACUCCCCAUCUCCGCUUCCCCCAUGCCCAUCGUAAAUAUCCCAUGUCUAUCAUUCGUCACUUGAAACGACGUCGUUUCACUUCCAUCGCUGCCGCCCUUCGCCAGGACACCACUGUUUGGACCCCUGCCCCUCUCUCCUCCGUCCAUCCCGCCGCCGACUCCCUCUUCCACGUCACCAUUGAUGUUUCCGACUCUCCCGACAUCCUUUCCUCCCACUCCUCCGCCGGUCAAUACCUGCAGCUCCGCCUCCCCGACUUUGCCAAACCCUCCUUCCUCGCCAUCGCCUCUCCCCCCUCCCUGGCGGCGGCUAGAGGGGAGUUCGAGUUCUUGGUCAAGAGCGUCCCCGGUUCAACUGCGGAGCUUCUGUGUGGGCUUAAGAAAGGGGAUGUUGUUGAGUUGACACCGGCUAUGGGUAGAGGGUUUGAUAUCGAUCGAAUCUCGCCGCCCGAGGAUUAUCAUACCGUUCUAAUUUUUGCCACCGGAUCUGGAAUUAGUCCAAUCCGAUCUCUCAUUGAGUCUGGAUUCAGUGCUGAUAAGAGAUCUGAUGUCAGGCUCUACUAUGGGGCUAGAAACCUUCAGAGAAUGGCUUAUCAGGAUAGGUUUAAAGAUUGGGAAUCUACCGGUGUUAAGAUUGUCCCAGUAUUAUCACAACCAGAUAAUAGUUGGACGGGUGAAACAGGCUAUGUACAGGCUGCCUUUGCCAGAGCCAAGAAAAUUUAUAGCCCUCAGUCCACUGGUGCUGUGCUCUGUGGGCAGGGACAGAUGACUGAGGAAGUUACCUCAAUUCUUGUAACAGAUGGAGUAUCGAGUGAGAAGAUAUUAAAGAACUUCUGAUAAUUGAUCAGUUAAGCUUCAAUUUGUUGUAUUAUUGUUCACAGUUGGAAUUGAUUCAUUUGUUCCAUGAUGCUGAAGGUCAAGUAUCUCAGUUUGGAAUAACAAAAUAAAACAGAUUUUGUGAUUUUUCUUGGCAUUUUCAAUGUUAGUGUUCCAAUGAGAGCUGCCACUGACGGUUAAAUCACACAGCUUAUGCAUAAUUAUAGUGAACAUGCUAAUGUUAAGAUCUUCAUUCGAGAAAAACCAGUUAUCAGAUUGAUCUUUUUCUUUC